UGUCCAGGUCCUAUCGAAUCACAAACAAAAUGGCGAAAGCCAGAGAACUUAGAAAUUUUGUCGAAUUUGGCCGAAAAAUCGUCGCUAUAGGACGAAAUUACAGAGAUCAUGCCACAGAACUUGGAAACCCUGUGCCAGAUAAGCCAUUGAUAUUCUURAAACCGACUUCUUCUUAUGUAAAAGAAGGACAGAAUAUCGAGAUUCCAUAUGGAUGUACUGAGCUUCACCAUGAAGUAGAGCUUGGUGUAAUUAUUGGUAAAAAAGGAAAAUGCAUUCCAGAGUCAGAAGCAAUGACUCAUGUGGGUGGCUAUGCUUUGGCACUCGAUAUGACUGACAGAAAGCUACAAAAUGAUCUCAAGAAGAAAGGCCAACCCUGGACAACAGCCAAAGGCUUUGAUACAUCCAAYCCAAUCAGUGAUUUCMUUCCWMCRUCUACUUUCACWGACCCAAAUAAUGUGAGAUUGUGGCUAAAGGUUGACGAGGAAAUGAAACAGGAUGGAAACACCAAGGACAUGAUAUUUAGUAUUCCAUUUUUGAUUAAUUAUAUUAGUAAAAUUAUGACCCUUGAAGAGGGGGAUCUUAUCAUUACAGGGACACCCUCUGGGGUAUCCCAGGUCAGRAAUGGCCAAACUAUUACUGCUGGUAUAGGUGAUAUUUUAACUAUGAAAUUUCCAGUUGUUGAUAAAAUCUGAUAUAAACUGAUGAGAUAUAGCUACAAGUACCAAUCAUUAUUAAUUCAUGAGGCACAGUUUUUAAAAAUAUUAAUAAAUACUCCGUACUUGCC